GAGAACUCCUCGGUCAUUUCGAGUUGAAAUAGCUCGUUGUCCCAGCAAGCUCGUGUGUAAUUGUUGGCUACAUGCGUCGUAGCUACAGUUCGCUAACUGACUUGUUAACAAGCUGGCAGUUUAUUUUCUUAAUUUGACAGCGUAUAAACUAUUUAGCUGAUGCCAUAAGAUAUUCCGCAACAAACUAACUCGCUAGUUCGCUACAUUGUCAGCACUGCCUUCACGUCAAUAAACGUUGGAGGCUGGCUAACGAGCAAGCCGAUUUUGUUUUCUCACUCGGCAUAGUGUUGGAAGUAGAUGUUUAUCCGACUAGGAUACAAAUGACCCACUCGUGCCGUUGUGCCAGUAAGUGUGCUAAAGGUUAUAGCGAGCUGCCAAGUUCUAUAAUCAGGAAGAACUGUGCACUGGGAGAUGCAACAGUGACAAUCGCACUUAACUAGUUAACUUUACUCGAGUUUUUUCCCAUUGAUUUUAUUUUGUCUAACAAUGGACAUCAGUACUGUUUUGGGAUGCAUUCUUGGUUGCGUGGUGGGAGGGUUGGUGCUUGCUGCUUACAGACUUGGCGUUUUAUAUCAGCUGAUUCAUAAGACAGAGACCAAGAGUCCGCGCCACGGCGGGGAGAGCGUGGCUGAGGUGCUGCGGGCCCAUGGGGUCAAGUUCCUCUUCACCCUUUGCGGGGGGCACAUCUCGCCCAUCCUGGUGGCCUGCGAGAAGUUGGGCAUCCGGAUCGUAGACACCAGGCACGAGGCCACUGCGGUCUUUGCCGCCGACGCGGUUGCCAGACUCUCCGGUACCAUCGGUGUGGCCGCGGUCACAGCUGGUCCUGGUCUGACCAACACGGUCACGGCGGUAAAGAACGCGCAGAUGGCCGAGUCACCCUUGCUCCUGAUUGGAGGAGCAGCUGCUACACUCCUGCAGGGUCGAGGGGCCCUGCAGGACAUUGACCAGAUGUCCCUCUUCAAGCCUCUCUGUAAGUUCUGCGCCUCGGUGCGGACCGUGCGUGAGAUCGUGCCAGUGGUGAGGAAAGCCCUAGCCAUCGCCCAGUCGGGCACCCCAGGUCCUGUGUUUGUGGAAUUCCCCAUCGACACACUCUACCCCUACCACCUGGUGGCAAAAGAGACCGCUGUAAAAAACCCUCCCAAAGGAUUCAUGGGGAAAGUUGUUGCCUGGUACAUGCACAAUCACCUAAAGAACCUGUUUGCUGGAGCCUGGGAGGACAGAGAUGUCUCCCCCCUGCCUGUUCACAUACCGCUGGCUACAGACUCACAGAUACAACAAUGCGUCGAGCUGGUGAGCAGAGCCAAGAAGCCGGUCAUUCUGCUGGGUAGCCAGGCAACGCUACCCCCGACACCUGUGGACGAAAUCAGGAAGGCUCUGGAGUCGCUGGGCAUCCCGUGCUUCCUCGGGGGCAUGGCCAGAGGCAUGCUGGGACGCGACAGUCCUCUGCACGUCAGGCAGAACCGGCGCGACGCCCUGAAGGAGGCGGACCUGGUGCUGCUGGCCGGCACGGUGUGCGACUUCCGCCUGAGCUACGGACGGGUCCUGAGCCGGCGUAGCAAGAUCAUCGCCGUCAACCGCGACAAGAGCCAGCUGCUGAAGAACUCGGACAUGUUCUGGAAGCCCACCGUCGCGGUCCAGGGAGACGCUGGCUCCUUCUUGUUGAGCCUGUCCCGGGGGCUGAAGGGCUACCGCUGUCCCGAGGACUGGCCCCAGAGCCUGAAGGACGGGGACAGGACCAAAGAGGACGGCAACAGAGGAAAAGCCGCGCAAAAGACGGAGCGGCACCUGAACCCGCUGCACGUCCUCCACCGCGCCGACGCCCUGAUGGCCGAGGACAGCAUCAUCGUGGCUGACGGGGGGGACUUCGUGGGCAGCGCUGCCUACAUCAUGAGGCCCCGCGGACCCCUCCGCUGGCUGGACCCAGGUGCUUUUGGGACGCUGGGUGUUGGAGGGGGGUUUGCUCUCGGGGCAAAGCUCUGCCGGCCUGAUGCAGAGGUCUGGAUUAUCUAUGGAGACGGGUCACUGGGAUACAGCGUGGCUGAGUUUGACACCUUCACUCGGCACAAGACCCCAGUGAUUGCCCUGGUGGGGAAUGAUGCCUGCUGGAGCCAAAUCUCCAGGGAGCAGGUGCCCAUUCUGGGCAGCAAUGUGGCCUGUGGACUGGCCUUCACAGAUUACCACGUUGUGGCCGAUGGCUACGGAGGCAAGGGCCACCUGGUGGGACGGGAGGACGAGGACAGGCUGGAUGACAUCAUCCGCAGCGCCCAGCAGGCCAGUCGAGAAGGGACGGCGACGUUGCUCAACGUCCUCAUCGGAAAGACCAACUUCAGGGACGGCUCCAUCUCCGUGUAGACGCCGCGCCAGGGUGGUCUCCCCGGCAGUGUCUGAGUGCAGCAGUGACCAGCCUUCCUGCCUAGAAAUCCAAAGCAUAAGAUCUGCAGCGAUGCACAGCGGACACCAUAGAGCGCUUCGCUUUCUGACAUUCCCUAGAUACUGCUCUUCUCAAGCAAAAGUAGGAAGUGGAGACUGGAGAGAGGCUGUUUGCCAAAAAAAUCUCACCCAUAAAGGCCUGUAUCAGCCUCCAAAAAAACUGGUUUUGAGGCCUUUUAUUUAGGUCCGCUCCUGGUUUUUAUUGAUUUUCAAGGAUUGGGCUUCCAUAUAAUUUACAUUGAUUUGAUUUGAGCCAUGUGUAGUCUGAAAUCGUGACAGGUUUUCACAGGUGUAGACAAAUUCUACUAGUAUAAUCUACUUUAAUCAAAAUUUUCAGGCAGAUGAAUUGUUUACUAUGAGCUGGUACAGUGUGUGAGUAAGGUUAGUGACCGACUAUAAAAGCAAUUAGGAGUUUGACCAAAUAUCAUGUGAAGCAUUCUAAUUUUAAACAGGAUAAAUGAAUCCAAGGCUUGGACUGAUGGACCUUCAUAUGACGUUAAUUAGAAAUUAUGCAAGUCUCGACCUGGAGCAAGUCAUUAUCUAAAUGUUGCACACUGAAAAUGUACAACUGAGUUUACGUAUUUUAUUUUGUGUGAACUGAGUUCACUUUAUAAAGAGUAUGAACAUACAAGUUAAUUGAUUAACUAAAUGGGGGAAGGGAAAGAUAACUAUUGACAGCAUUUUCACAAGUGGUAGAGCUGCUAAUGAAUAACUUCUGCUGCUUUGGUUAUUUGACUUGAGAUGAUGCGGUUUAGUUUACAAACAGUGCCUCUAAUUGCUGAAUGUAAUACUCAACCAAUGUGUCAUUUGUAAAAAAUUAUGCAUAGUCAUCAUUUUCAAUCUUACCUUGACGGUACACCGAAGAGAUUACGGCAUUAACUGAAUCACUGCCUGAGUUUAAAUUUGCACUGAUGGUUUGAACCGUCAUUCGUAUUCGUAUUUUGUUAUGGAAAGUAGAAGCUGAUGAAGUCCCAUUUUGUGUUAGGAGAAUCAGGAAAUAAGGCUUAUUGCAUUUGUUGCCUAUUUGUGGUAUACACAGCUGUAAUAUCACAUUUACAGUGCCCUCCAAAGGCAUGUGAAUGGUGGAGUGAAACUAGUUAUUUUUGAUAUACUUAAGGCAUUUUGAGAUCAAACUAUGAAUAUGAGACAAAAGUACAGAUAUUCAGCUUUUAUUUCAUAUUUACAUGCGUUUUUCUAUUUUUCAGAAACAGCUGUUUUUUUGUGUUGAGUCUACCCCGCCCCCAAUCCAAAUGCCUUAAGUAUGUACAAAAACGUAUUUUUCUGUAAAAUGUGAAAACGUAUAUGCAUAAAUAUACCAUGAAUAAAAACGGAAUGUCUUUUGACUUGUAUUCAUCCUCUGAUCUCAAAUCCUAAUGCCUUAAAUAUAUAGCAAAUAUUAAACUCAACUGUUCCCAUGCUUUUUGAGGGCACUGUAUUUACCUGGCCACGCUAUAUUUUGGAUCAUCAAGGGAAGAUAGUGGUACAAAACUAAAGUAGCAAUAUCACUUUUUUUUCUUCUUUUUUUUUUGUGUGUGAAAUGUGAAUAAACUCCCUGCUUUAUUUUAACAUCUUGGAUACUUGGGGCGUUUUGGUGUAACCAACCAAAAAGAAAAUCUUAAGUGUUCAUUUUCGAGCGUACAUAUCCUACCGAUUUGCCUCUACAUGUUUCAAGGGACCCACGGGAAUAAAUCAAUAAGGUUUUAGAAAGGGAUGUAGUUUGGAGUUGCUGUUUGGUUGCGAAGAUUAAAUGGACAUUAAAAUAAACUGAAAAUUGUGGAA